AUGGGUUGUCACAAUACUAAAGUUGAACCGAUACAAAGCUUAGUUGUAUCGACGCCAGAGUUGGUGUUGCCGGCUACCAAUGAUCAAUUACCUGUGGAAAUUAUUUAUAAAAUAUUGGAUGAAUUAGAUACAGAAACAAUUUUUGUAUCAUUAUAUCAUGUAUGCAAACGAUUCGAUAGUAUUUUAUCUACUUAUGAUAAAUAUCAAAUUAAUUUAAAAACGAUUUCAUUAAAAAAUUUUGAUUUAAUUUGCUCUCGUAUUCGUCCAGAACAAGUGAUUGAAUUAACAUUAUCGGAUGAUGAAAAUAGUCCAAGAUUAGUCGAACAGUUUCUUUCACGAUUUUCCAUAAAUGAAUUUAUCCGUCUUCGCUCUUUAACACUUAUACAAGUUAGUAAUGAAGAAUUUAUGAAUCGAAUAUUAAUUCCUAUUGCUGAUCAUACAUCAUUAUUAAAUUUUUCUUCGAUCACAAUAAUUAAUAGCAAUGAGACUUAUGAUGAUAUUUUCGUUGAAUUGAUCAUGUCUGUUCUUACUAAACCUUCACUUCGCAUAGUCUACUUCGACCUAUCAUAUGAUCGAGGCACAUCGAAUCCAUUACCUUGGCUUGAACAAUGUUCAAUCAAACAUAUGAUAUUUAAAGGCAGUUGUAGUUUUAGUUUCGUCCGAAAUACUUUUUUCUAUGCACCUCAAUUGGAAACAUUUGAAGCAAGUGAUUUCAAUUUUGAUGAGGAAAUCGAUUUAAACAGUGUUCCAAAUAAUGAUGAAGACGACAAUAACAGUGAUGAUAAUGAAGAAUUUGAAUUAGAAGCUGAAGAAAAUCCAAAUCAUGAGGAAAAUCCAAACCAUGAGGAAAACCCAAAUCAUGAGGAAAAUCAAGUACCGAGAAACGAAAAAUUCGCAUCUAUACAAUCGAUAGAUUAUUUAAAAUCAUUGACAAUUGAUGAUUGUUCAAUGAAUAUGUCAAAACUUGAAUGGAUGCUACAAGAGAUGCCAACAUUGAAACGAUUUCGCUUGAGUACUACAAGUGGAUAUAACGAUGAAUCGAUUCUAGAUGGCCAUCGAUGGACUUCUCUUGUAUCUAAUAUAGACAAAUUCGAAUUUGUUCUUUCAGUUUAUAUAUCAGAUUCGUCGACAUGGGAUACGGACGUAUGUAUAGAUGCAUUUCGAACACCAUUUUGGAUUGAAAAGAAACAAUGGUUUGUAUCAUUGGAAAAGUAUGACGACGAACUUAUUAUUUAUACAUUGCCAUAUCUCAACAAUUUUUAUGUCGUCAAAAGCUUGUCAUCUUCAUUUGAAUAUCGUUCUACUGCUAUUGAAAAUUCAAUCUUACAAAUUCAAUCUAUGACUAAUGUUCAGGACUUACAUAUAGAUGCAUCGAGCAUAGCAAAAUCUCAAGUAGAGAAUGAUAGUUUUCCUCAUUUUUCUCAUGUUACACAUUUAUUUCUUUAUGGUAAAUGGCCAAAAUCAAAAUCAUUUCUUACUGAUAUAAAAACAAUUGUAGAUCUGAAUACUAUUGAAGAAUUAACUAGAGAAGAGAUUGUGCCAACAGUCGAUUUUAUUAAAUUAUUAGACAUGAUGCCCAAUCUAAAAUCAAUAAAAACUAGUACGAAUCUUCUUGAUGCUUUAAAUGCUGCUAAAUUUUCUCAUACAAAAUGUCUUCGUUCAUUCAUUAUUGAUACAACUAAUUAUGGAGACCAACAAUCUGUCAAUACUGAGCCAUUCUGUUCUAUGUUUCCUCGAAUUCAGCAUCUGAUUAUUCCAGUGAAUAAUGUUGAUAGUUGUCAAUAUGUUCUUGAUCAACUAAAAGAAGAUCUUCUUAGUGUUAUUUUUCGAAUAACUGCAAAUGAUAAUAUAUUUGAUGAGACUGACGAUGAAAGUGAAAACGAAGAAGAAAAUUCAACUGUCAAUUUGUUUUCUGAAUGGAUGCAAGAAUUAUCAGAAAAAUAUCGUUGCUGUAAAAGUCAACGACAAAUUCAUAUAUGGCUUCAAUGA